AUGGUCUUGGAGACUGCUGCAAUCGCUACAAAGGCUAUUCCCAUUGCGGGCACCUAUCUCGAGAGUGUUCUCGGCACUGCGGCACAGAUUGCGAAGAUAGCUGAGGUGAGGAUCAGGCUCUACAUCCGCGAGCUACUGGCGCGCCGUGCCGCGACAGUUGCGGGUGCAAUAGCGCACAAGGUUAUGCGAAUGGACGUCCAAGUGCCUGCAAUUCUCAGUCCUGAUCUCGCGGACCUUUUGAGGUACCGUUGCUUGCCUCCGUUUUCCGUAGUUCCAGAACUCAAGCUCAGUAUGCUCAAGCGACUCGCAAACUAUUCCAAGAUCAACAUGGAACUGCGCCGGAUUUCGCUCGAGUUUCAGGAUGCACUCGAUAUAUUUGGGAUCAACGCACGAAUUGACUCAGGGCUGGAGAUGGCGAAUCUGAGAAUCAUCCUUGAGGGAAUUCAGCGAACUGUUGAUAACAUCGCUAUAACACCGAAAUCCGAGAGCGCAUACGAUGGCGAUUUCAUGCUAUUCCGCCUCUCGGACCUCAUCAUACAACGGAAGCUGCGUCAGCUGCACGGGGAAGAUGCGGCAGCAUAUCUCGUCUCUCUUCGGUCCACGCAGGAGACGUUGGUCAUGAAGAGGUAUUCGCGUCGCGACGCUGCAUAUAAUAUCAAGCUAGCGUUGCUUCAGUACUUACGCUCGCGGUUUGCUAACGUCGAGCAAUUGCUCGGGUACUCGCGAGACGGUUCCGCUCCCUUCUAUGUGACUUACGCAGUCUCAGAGUUGGCAACGAAGGGGACAACCAACAUCGCAACAUUGCCCGCAGGUGGCAUGAUCCCGCCCAUCCUGUAUUUCUUCGAAUACCCCCACGUCGAAGUCGGACCUCCGACUGUGGCAUGGGGUUAUUGGGCCUGGGACGAGGAUGGCGCCUCCUACAGUCAGACUGAUGUGUAUUACGCUGCUCUGUCGGAUGACCUUGUACGCCUCAUCAGAGACUGUCAUGCUGAAGACUGCACCUGCGAUGACAACACCGACAGCGAGGAAUCUGGUACGGACGACCAGGGUUUUGAUGAUAACGACAGCGAGGAAUACCUUGACGCACAGGACCUCUACUCCAAAGGCGGAAGCGAUGAAUUGCCAGGGACAAAAGAAGCCCGAGACUAG